UCUCUUUCCUUUGUUUUCUUCUUUCCUUUUCAUUCCAACAUGUUCCAUAACCCGUUGAUUACUAACUAUCUAAACCACAUCACACAGUGUAGUCAAGGCUUUGUUGGUGAAGCUUCUGCUAAACGCUACAGCCCAGCACUACUAAAGAAAAGAGCAAUAAGCUUUGGUGUGGAUGACAGGACAUCACCGGUUAAGAGUACAGCAGAAAUUGAUGCAAACAUCCUUGCUGUACUGCCCAAAGUUUCAGAGCUAAGGAAGCAAUUUGAAACCUCUAUUAGAAGUAAUCCAGAAAUGAACAGGAAAGAGAGAAUCGCACAAAGGUUGGAGGUGAUUGAGGCUGGUGUUCCACCUGCUCUUACUACAAGCAUGCAACGCACAGCUGGCCUGGUGACCAACCGACUUCUGGAAGAGGACACACCACGCUAUACACGUGCUUCAGAUCCCAGGGAUCCAGGCAUUGUGGUGCGGCGCUAUAGCCGUGAUGAGAUAGAAGCUACAGAGCGGCAGUCCAGAGCUCAUUCACGUCCAGAUUCACAGUCGUCCACCAAUCCUGAGCCAGUCGGCCCUACCCCAGCAGGUUCUGAUGCAGCCAGCCUCAGCUCUAAAGCUGAGCGGAUUGCGCGCUACAAAGCUGAACGUCGGCGGCAGUUAUCAGAGCGUUAUGGAAUCCUCCUCGACCAGGAGGUGGAUCUGGAUUACACACCACGCUACACACGUGCACGGAGAGAAUCUGACCUGUCGGACAAAGGGGCUCCUCCUGACAGGGGACGUGGUGAAAGCAGGACGAGGGGCAGGGCAAUGCAAGAGCAGGAUGAGGGGCGGGACCGAAGCAGCAGCAGGUCUAAAUACAGCAGUUCAGGGAUGGGGCGGGUCUUCAUGCCUUCUGACCCCGCCCCCAAUCCUGCUCCUCCUCCAUCAGGCUUUGAUGCCGAGCGAGAGAGAGAGAGGGCAAUGAACUUGGAAAAUUAUAGACGAGCACCUGACCGAAGUCCGAAACCACACACACAGGAAGCUCCGGUCCCCAUCGAAACAACAACAGCCCAACCAACGAGGGGUGUCGCUGUUGUCACUGUGGCAAGUUCUCCUAGGACAGCACGCAGAGCUUCGUUACCCCCAACACGAUAUGGCAUCUCUCCUGGAGACCUGUUCAUCGAGCAACAAGCUCAAAAUAUCCUCAACAGACAGGGCUUGGCAGCUCUCUCUCAGAGCGAUUGGUCCCUCAGGAGAGACAUGGACAGUGAAACAUACUCACAAAUCAACUGGCCAUCCAGGUAUCAGAGUGGGAGUGUACGACUAAGAGAGAGACAGACAAUCUCGGGAAGGGGUUCUGAUUCAGGGCCAGAUGCAUCCUCUGUCAGAUGUAAUCCAACAGUUGCCCCUCCAUAUUUAGCUCCACGACCUCAAUCUGCAAACCAACCACGAACACAGAGCUCUGAACCCCCAGUCCAUCAACCUCAUCAGGGAGCGGAGACCCGUCAACAAAGGGCACAUAGUGUGGAGCGGCCACGAUUCCAGUGCACUCACAGUAUGGAUUCACAUGAAAUUGGUAAUCAUCAGCGUGCCCAAAGUGCAGAGCCCCCAAACUAUGAACAGAGUCCUGGUAUACACCCUAGCACCAUGGGUCAUCAGCCUGGAUUUAGGCAAAUCAAGCAAUCCCUACCAAGGCGAGAUGGUCAAGAUGUUCAAGAACCAUCACAAAUGCACAGACCUUCCCAACAACCACACCCAGCAUACAAAAAUCUCCAGCAGCCAUCACCUGGUCACAGAGAUGCCCCACCACAUGUACAGAAGUAUCGGGCUAUCCUUCAACCAGUACCUUUGGAUCGGGAUACUUGCCAAACAGCUCAAGUACAUGCACCUACUCAGAAGCCUCUACAUGAACAAAACUUGCAUUCACGUCCUUCACAUGGCCAUUAUGCUCACAGCCAACCUCUGCAGUAUGGUUCUGUCCAGGCACUACCUCCAGCAUAUGGACAAUUUGUUCAUUCCGCUCCUUCCUAUACACCUAGCCCUCUAUCCCCACCUUCAAAUGCUCAUGCAGCUCACCCUGUUCCUGGACCUUCACUUAGUAAGUCUGAGAUGCUGGACUCCAAAGGACACUUGGCCGCACCUGGUUCGACAUCUGCUGACAAAGCGGGUGAAGAGACUAGACAGAGGGCUAGUGCUGAUCACAUUCAGACCAUUCACAGAGAAGGUCAAUCAGCAUCCAGAAAGGAUCCAGCCUCAGAAGGGUUACUUAGGAGCAGAAAGGCUGUGCUACCCUCAGAGAUCCGCCGCAGGCAAAAGAUUGUGGAUGAUCCCAUGCGUGGACAAACUGAUGAAGGUUUAGAAAUUCGAAGGAUCAGCCAGUCAGAGGAAAUUGAGGUGAGAGGUGGAAGAAAGUUGCACCAGUUGGAAGAAAAGGGAGGGCCUAAUGGAAGAGGAAGUGCUCAGAUGGAGGAGGGAAUAAUAACAGGUGAAAAGGUAAUAUGUCUAAUAAAAGACAAAGAACAGCAUGAUGACCGAAGAACCAGUCGAUCUGAAGAAAGACAGUUAGAUAAUGUCACAAAGAAUAGUUGGACAGGUGAAGAUGUGGUACGUGGUGUAAGGAAGAUUAGGCAAAGAGAAGAAAACACUCAAGAGGCUGAAAUUAAAAAAGAGGAGGGUCAAGAUAAUUGGAGCACUAACCGGUUUGAGUGGAUGGAACAAAGUGGUAUCAGGAAGGUUGACGAAUUCAAAGAAAGAGAAGUUGAUCGAAGACAAGGCCAAACUGUACAGUCUGUUGAACCACUGGUACAGGGUGAUAAGAAAACCAGUCAAGAGGUAGAGGAGCAGAAAGAAGGCCAAAGGUUGCUGCAAAAGGAAGUGGCAGAAGGACAUGGUAGAAGACGACGGAUCAAUUUGUCAGAGAAUGAAGAAGGGCAUGUCAGACGAAGAAGGAAAAGCCAACCGGAAGAUGAUUGGGAGGGACGUAGGGUACGUAAAAUUGGCCAGUUGGAUGAAUGGGAAGUGCAAGGAGUGCAUCGAAUGGGCCAGCCAGAUGAUAAUUUUGAAAGACAUGAGAAAGGAAAGCAGAGGUUAAACACACACCUACCUGAAGAAAUGGACACAGCUCCCACACAGCUAACCAAUGAACAGCAUUUCCCACACCAUAGGGUGGGGGAUGUUGGAGGGUACUUGCAGAAAGGUUCCUCCCUCCCACAAGCUCAACAUCGAGUAAGCCAGGAUUCAGGUGACCUCAGGCCAAAGGUGCGAAUCCGCUCCAUGUCAGAUAUAGGAGUAACUCAACGGUCUGCUGCAUUGAGAAGUCUGGAGUGUGCUGCCAGUCGAGAGUCUGCAAUGGUGAUGGGUACAGGGCUUCAUACUAGAGAGCCGAGUGGUGUGGCCAAUGGUGAAAUGGGCACCUUGGACACAAGAGUCUCUGUGGCAAAGCUGAGACAUUCCUACCUGGAGAAUGCUUCUGGACGCAGGCCAGAGCUGGAGUCUAAAGGAGAACAGGUUCCCACAGAGAGUGAUCCAGUUGCCAGCAGUGACCACGAGAGAGGAGCACGUCGACCCAGACUUUACAUUUCCCCUGGUGAUGACAGGAAGUCAUCUGAGAGGUUUAGAACCCAGCCAAUUACAUCAGCUGAAAGGCUGGAGUCUGAUAGGUCCCGUGUUAGUCCUGAGCUUCAUCAUGCAGAAUUGGAUGAGGAAAAAAUGGAUGAACGAGCUAAAAUGAGUGUGGCAGCCAAGAGGUCUCUUUUCAGGGAGCUGGAGAAGACUUCAGAAGCAGGUGUCCCCAAACCUCGAUCACGCAAUGCUGCGAUUGAGCGACGACUCAGACGAGUGCAGGAUCGGUCACGGACACAGCCGGUCACAUCGGAGGAAGUUGUCAUUGCUGCUACUUCCCCCAGUCCCCCUUCUCAAGUCAUCACUAUUCACACCACUGCUCCCAGAAUCCCCAGUCCCGUUAUAGUCAGCACUUCCAUGACUAGUUUCAGUCUGCAGGCAUCAUCAGCACAUGGAUCGACCCACCAAGAGCAGGAGAAAGAAGAUGUUUCACAGGAGGCGGUUCUGGGAGAAGAGCACUUGGGGCCUGAGGAGCCGGACUUAUCAACACUAAGCCUUUCUGAGAAGAUGGCAUUAUUCACUCGCUUGUCACAACCCUCUGACCAAUCUGGAAAUGGACCCCGUCCUGACACACGCCAGCGUAGAGCCAAUGCCCGCUUUCAGACUCAACCUAUCACCCAGGGCGAGGUUGAUCAGGAGCUUACAAAAGAUGUAGAUCCAUCCAGUCUCACAGAUAAACCCGCUGUGACUAGUGAUUCUGUUGGCCCCCCUCAGAGUGAGCAACUGCUAAAUGGAAGCAUGAAGUUGGAGCCUCUCUCUGCAUCACUGGUCCGCUCUGUUACCGCGGUCACCACCCAGGCCUCUGUUGCCACGGUGACAAGUGCUUCCCCAUCAAUGACCGCAGAUGUUCUCCUGGGGAUCUCCGCGGCUCCACCCAACACUCAGGCCUCACCCAAUCAGGCAGUCUCUGCUCAGCUUCCAGCCUAUGAGAGAGGAGUUCGAUACUUCAGUCUUACAGAGAGUGGGGAAAAACCCACACCUGAUGUUCAGUCCCCGCCCCCCGAAGAGCAGCCCGUCCAGUCAGUGUAUGGCAAGGGUGUGGCCAAUGAGAGUGGGCGGAUGGGAAGACUAGGGUAUUUAGGCGGAGAGGAGAAAGAGACAGAGCUCCCCGGUGUGACUUCCCUUCCGCGCACACAUGCAUUCAGACACACACCCCCUCAUGGCAGGGGAGACGCAGAGCUGACAGGCCCACGGGAAAGGGAAAAAGAGAGUAUUCCCGUCUCACAGGGAGGCUACCUCUCGCCAGACGCCCAUCAGACAGCAAGAGGAAGCGGUACCAGAACCAUCGUCUCGGAUGUCUCUGAUCCCAGCAUUCCUGUGAGGACGCUGAGCACGGCUGCGGCCUCGUCCAGAAGUUCUUCACAAAUCUCUAACUCAGUCACUUACCUCCAGCAAACCCAGUCCUACACAUCUCCACAGCCUCAACCAAAACCAGCGCAGCACCCUCAAAUCUACCCACCGACCCACGCUCGACCCCAAACACAACCCUACAGCCCGCCGGCACUGCCACAGACACACCUCAUUUCUGACUCUCAACCUCAUAUCCACGUUGACUCUCAGGUUUCUCCACGGCAAACCCAGCUGUACCCUGAACCCCAGCCACAGUCGCAACCCAAAGUCCCGCCACAGAAGCAGCCCAAACCACAAUCCUUCCUUCCACCCCAGUCUCAUGCCUACAUUCACCCUCAGCCCAAGAUACCCCCUCAAACCGAUCCAAAACCCCAGUGUAUCAUACCACCUCAAACACAGCCCCAAGAAGAGAUCCUGGGAAAAUACGGCCCAUCUGGACCCAUCGUCUCCAAAGACCAAAAGCCAGAGAUCCACGAAGAUCCAGAGGCCAUGACAUCCAUGUCAAUCAAAGAGAGGUUGGCAAUGUUGAAGAAGAGUGGAGAGGAAGAUUGGAAAAACAGGAUCAAUAAGAAACAGGAAGUUAUACAGGAAGUGGUGUCUGUAAGCGAGAAGAGUAGUCAAAUAAUGGAGGAGCAAGUCUUUAAUAAAAAGGACGAGACUGUUAUCAGUGAGUUCACGUCAUCUGAGCAGCUCUGGGAGCCUGUCUUUUCCUCCACCUACUCUCCUCCUCCUCUCCCAUCUACCCCAAAAUGCCAAUUUGUAGAACAUCAAGGCCAGGUAAGAGAGCGUGUGCAUUUAAGAAAACAGAUAAUCUCGACACAAGACGAGGCUAGCACAGGGAAGGGCGUGGCCAAUGACUCGGUCCAAUACACUGUGGCUGCCAGGAUGGUGAAAAAAGGUCUGGCUGCUUCCUCUGCAGUGAUCAGCCCUAUUCUGUCUCCAGUCUCUGCUAAACUGAAGAGCAGUGUGCCGGCCAUCUCUAAACCACAAGAAGAAAUGGAGUCUGAUAAGAAGCUGGAAAAGCUGGAGACGUUUUUGGGGCGUUUGAACAGUAAAGUAUCAGAUUUGCAGGAGACAACUUUGACAGUGACAGAGAAAGCCGUGAAGGAAGUGAUGCGACUGGAUGAUGGUAUCUUUUCAAAAUUUUACCGUCACAUGACAGAUAUUCCCCGCAGCAUGAGUAGCAGAAUGCAUCUGGAUGAGGACUUUGAUGCCAUCUUUGGAAAACAAACUCAAACGUUGACAUCAGCAAUGGUGCAGCACAAGCGGGCCGUUCGUCCCUCCCGUAAUGUCCAGGCCUCCAGAAACCCCUUAAAGAUUCUCGCUGCAAGAGAAGACAUCCAACAGGAGUACACCGAGGAGAGACUGAACGUGGGGCAGCUGGAGGCCAAGAGAAUUAAACAGGAGAAAAUGAGCAAGAGCACCAGUUUGUCAGACGCAGCUCUGGCUGGUUUGGCCAGUAAAGAGAGCUACAGCAGCGUGAGUCUGCGCAGUGUCAGCAUCUCAGAGCAGAUGACUAAUAACAGCGCAGCUCCCUACAAAAAACUCAUGCUCAUGCAGGUCAAAGGUCGACGUCAUGUCCAGACCAGACUAGUGGAGCCUAGAGUGUCCUCUCUGAACAGCGGUGACUGUUUUCUGCUGGUUACGCCUGAGCAUUGUUUCGUUUGGACUGGAGAGUUUGCAAAUGUCAUUGAGAGAGCCAAGGCAUCUGAACUGGCCACUUUCAUCCAGCUGAACCACGACCUUGGUUGUCGAGCAGCAGAGGUUGAGACGAUUGAAGAAGGGGUGAACUCACAAAGCCCCGCAGCUGCAGAGUUCUGGAAGAUCCUGGGAGGAACAGGCAACUACCAACCGGCCGGGUCUCCAGACGAGGAUGAGAAGUUUGAAAGUGCCAUUGUGGAGACGAACUGUAUCUUCCGUCUUGUGGACGAUAAACUGCUUCCAGAUGAUGAUUUCUGGGGGAAAGUGCCUCGUAGUUCACUUUUGGGCUCUAAAGAGGUAGUAGUGUUUGAUUUCGGCAGUGAAGUGUACGUGUGGCAUGGUAAAGAGGUCACACUGGCACAGAGGAAGGUGGCGUUUCAGCUGGCCAAGCAUCUUUGGAACGGGACCUUUGAUUAUACCAACUGUGACAUCAACCCUCUGGACCCUGGAGGACACAACACACUCAUACCAAGGAGAGGUCAAGGUCGUCCAGACUGGGCCAUAUUUGGCAGACUGACCGAAUAUAAUGAAACAUGUCUUUUUAAAGAGAAGUUCCUGGACUGGAGAGAUGCUUCUAGACUGUCACCUAAAGAUGUCAUCGAACACCCCUUCCAGCAGAAGGAGUCACCGGGCACAGAUUCUCGUUCUGAGUGCCAGGCGUACAGCGCCUCUCUGAUGCUGCCGGUCCCGCUUUCACCCAUCAGCACAGUUCUGGACGGUCAAAAUGUGGGUCGAGGACAUGGUCCGGUGGAGAACAGCUUGGACGACUGCAUGCGCUCUCUGGAGAUCAGCACUGUUUCGGUUGACGUGUGGCAUAUCCUGGAGUUUGACUACAGCCGAUUGCCAAAGCAGAGCAUCGGCCAGUUUCACGAGGGAGACGCUUAUGUAGUGAAAUGGAAGUACAUGGUGAGCGCGGCAGUGGGCAGCAGGCAGAAGCCGGAUCAGGUGCGCAGUGCGGGUCCCGGCAGGGAGAAGUGCUGCUAUUUCUUCUGGCAGGGCAGAAACUCAACAGUCAGUGAGAAAGGAACGUCUGCACUCAUGACUGUUGAACUGGAUGAAGAGAGAGGAGCACAGAUGCAGGUCCAGCAGGGGAAGGAGCCCGCCUGUUUCCUGCAGUGUUUCAACGGAGGGAUGAUUGUGCAUUCUGGGAAGAGAGAAGAAGAAGAGGAGAACAUUCAGAAUGAUUGGCGUCUGUACUGUGUGCGUGGUGAGGUGCCUGUAGAGGGCCAUCUGCUGGAAGUGGCGUGUCACUGCAGCAGUCUGCGAUCACGCACAUCAAUGGUCCUUCUGAACGUCAACAAAGCCCUCAUCUAUCUGUGGCACGGCUGUAAAACCCAAACACACACACGGCAUGUCGCUCAAACCACCGCAGAGAAGAUCAAAGAACAACGGCCACUGGAGGCGGGACUUCACAGCAGCUGUAAUGUGACCAUUCAUGAAUGUGAGGAAGGUGGCGAGCCAGUGGAAUUCUGGGAAGCAUUAGGCAGGAAGGACCGCAAGGCCUACGACUGCAUGCUUCAAGACCCUGGCAAGUUCAACUUCACGCCGCGUCUGUUCCAGCUCAGUAGUUCUUCGGGUGAGUUUAUGGCGCAGGAGUUUUUCAACCCAUCCAGAGCUGCAGACCUUAUUUGUUCCCUGCCGUUCCUGCAGGAGGAUCUGUACUCUACCCCUCAGCCAGCUCUGUUCCUAGUGGAUAACUAUCAUGAAGUUUACCUGUGGCAGGGCUGGUGGCCGCAGGAUACCAAGAGUACCGGUUCUGCCCUCAUCCGCUGGAACUCAGACAGGAAGUGCGCUAUGGAAACUGUGUUGCAGUACUGCAGAGAAAAGAAUGAGAAGAAGCCUCAGAAGUCAUAUUUGAUCCAUGCUGGAUUGGAGCCUCUGACCUUCACAAACAUGUUCCCCAGCUGGGAGCACAGAGAGGACAUUGCUGAAAUCACAGAGAGGGAGGCAGAGGUGUGUAACCAGAUCAUUCUGGUGGAGGAUGUUUUGGCCCAACUCUGUAAGAGCAUUUAUCCUCUAGCAACACUUCAAACCCGUCCCCUUCCCCACGGCGUCGACCCGCUGAGACUCGAGAUGUACCUGACCGAUGAGGACUUUGAGAGAGUAUUAGACAUGAAGAGAGAAGAGUUUGACGCUCUGCCCGGAUGGAAGCAAGUGAACCUAAAAAAAGCCAAAGGACUCUUUUAAAAACCUGACUAAAGUCAUAAUGGUGACAGAAUUAUCACUGUACAUUUCCUCCAUGGCCACCGGUUCUGUGCUUACCUCGCCAUUUUGACCUCUUUCGGUUAAGUGAGGUGAUUGUGCACUGAGAACAGGGUAAACGGUCAGGUCAAAGGUCACUUUAGGAUCUACAGAUGCACCUGUCCACUCUUGAUGUAUUUAUAAAGUCUGUGGAGGUGAUGUGUGUGUGUGGGUCUCCUCACCACGUUCAUGUAUGAUGAUUUGCAGUCCGUGAGCAGUGCGUAAGUCCAUGUAACAUCAAAAACAGUAUGUUUAGUACCUGAAAUCAAUUCACUCCUCUUCCCAUUCGGUCUGAUCUGUGAUGGGUUUUUGUUGUAAUGUGUGUUUAUGUUUGAUAAGUUUGCUGAAUAAUUGGAAAUUGUAUAAACUUUGUAGCGAACAAAGAAACGGCAGAAAAUCCUGUGUGAUCGCUCUAAAUGUUGUCAUAUGUCUUAGAAUAUUCCUUUUUGAGUUUACAUGCUGCGUUUGUAUUUUCUGUGUGUUCUUCUCGUGUGAAUGGCUGUUGGUUGUGUUGGUGACGGUCUCUUUUUCUUGAGGUGUGAGAGACAUCAAGUUUGUUUGUAUUCGGACAGCAUGGAAUAUUGGACGAGAGAAAGAAAAUAUAUUAAUUUAAAUGUACAGUAUAGUGCCUUGCUUUUGUGUACAGUUUCUAUACCAAACACACACUGGUCUGCAUUUCAGAGACUUUCUUUGUGAUAAACGAAAUAGUGAAUAAAGAAAGCAUAUUAAAAUAAAAA